CAGGUUCGUGACGUCAUGACGCAGAGCGCACCACCGCGUGGCACUGUGGGAUUGCUUCCUUUUUCCUCUUUCCUCCGGAGCGUGAUGGCGGCAGCCGGCUUUCGUGCCUUGGGCCUGGCGCCUUGGCUGGCGGCGCAAGCGGAGCAACUGGGCCUCAAGCGGCCUACUCCCGUCCAAGAGGCCUGCAUCCCACCCGCGCUCCAAGGCCGUGACUGCAUGGGCUGUGCCAAGACCGGGAGUGGGAAGACGGCUGCCUUUGUGCUUCCGGUCCUGCAGAGGCUCUCAGAGGACCCCUACGGCAUCUUCUGCCUCGUCCUGACACCCACAAGGGAGCUGGCCUACCAGAUCGCUGAACAGUUCCGAGUCCUAGGGAAGCCACUGGGCCUGAAGGACUGCAUCGUUGUGGGCGGCAUGGACAUGGUGUCCCAGGCGUUGGCACUCUCCCGCAAGCCCCACGUGGUUGUCGCCACACCAGGGCGCCUGGCCGACCACCUCCGCAGCUCCAACCCCUGCAGCCUUCAACGGAUCAAGGUCUUGGUUCUGGAUGAAGCAGACCGUUUGCUGGAACAGGGCUGCACUGACUUCACCCAAGACCUGGAGACCAUCCUGGCAGCGCUUCCGUCUGGGCGACAGACCAUGCUCUUCAGCGCCACACUGACCGAGACCCUGAGCCAACUGCAGCGCAUCGCCAUGAACCAGCCCUUCUUCUGGGAGUCCAGCUCCGAGGUUCGGACGGUGGAGCAGCUGGACCAGCGUUACCUGCUGGUCCCAGAAAAGGUGAAGGAUGCCUACCUGGUCCACUUGGUUCAGAUGUUCCAAGACCAACACCCAGACUGGUCCAUCAUGAUAUUCACCAACACUUGCAAGAACUGCCAGCUCCUGAACAUGAUGCUGAAGAAGUUCAACUUCCCUUCUGUGGCUCUGCACUCCAUGAUGAAGCAGAAACAACGCUUUGCUGCUCUGGCUAAAUUCAAGUCGAGUGUCUUUAAGAUCCUCAUUGCGACCGAUGUCGCCGCCAGGGGGCUGGACAUCCCUACGGUCCAAGUUGUCAUCAACCACAACACGCCAGGCUUGCCCAAGAUCUACAUCCACCGCGUGGGACGGACGGCAAGGGCUGGUCGGCACGGCAUCGCCAUCACACUGGUGACACAGUACGACAUCCAUCUGGUCCAUGCCAUCGAGGAGCAGAUUAGAAUGAAGCUGCAGGAGUUCUCUGUGGAGGAAGGCGACGUCCUGCGCAUCCUCACCCAAGUGAACGUGGUGCGCAGGGAAUGCGAGAUCAGGCUGGAGGCGACGGAUUUUGAUGAGAAGAAGGAAAUCAACAAGCGGAAGCAGAUGAUCCUGGAAGGAAAGGAUCCAGACCUGGAGGAGAAACGGAAGGCUGAGUUGGCCAAGAUCCGGAAGAAGAAUGGCGAGUUCCGCAUCAAGGUCCAGCAGGCCUUGCAAGACCAGCAGAAACUGCGGCUGCAGAGGAAACGGCAGAAGCACGAACGGCGGAAGCAGCGGAAAGCAGCGGCCGGCAGCAAGGAAACGGCAGACCCCGUCCUAGCUGUGGCAGAAGGGAGUGGAGGGAUUUGAACUGUCCUUUAGUGCAGAGUUGGGAGAGAGAAAGGGAUAGUGUUGCCCAAGUCAUUCCCAGUUUGGACUUCUUCGAACUGGGAGGAAAUACACUUAAGGGAGGCAGGGGAAUGACACAGGUUGGUUUAGUGGUUUAAGCAUCAGACCAGUACGGAGACCAAGGUUCAAAUUCCGGCUCGACCCUGAAAAUCCACAAUUCGGAAAACCCCAAGAGCCACAAGGGGCUCCCAAAGGCCAUCUAUUCCAAUCCUACACAACACUGUUGUUCUUUCAUGUCCUUUCGAACUAUCAUGGAGUCCUACUUCACCUCUGUUCUUCCUGGCAUUUCCUCUCCAUCUUCCUCUUUCACUUCGGGACUCUCCUUCAAAGCCGUCACUUCCUUCCUGGAAGUUUGUGGCUCAGACACAUCAAGACGGGAGCAACUCUAUGCAUCUGCCAGGAGCAUUUCCCACAGAAGGAGAAUGUGGUGCACCCUCAAUUACAUUCCCAGCUGUGCAGGGAAAUUAGGAAUAAAUUUUUGGCAUUUCGGA